AUGGAACAGCCUCGUGUCUUCUAUCAGAAUGAAGGCCCUGUUGGGGCUGGCCUACACAGUGAAUCAAUGCGCGGCUGUCUUGAGAUCAACAACCAAGCAACGCAGCUCUGCCUGGAUGCUAUCGGUUUAAUGGAGCAGCUAAAAUUUCUGAGGUUUACGUGGACGCUACUGCUGGUAACGGUGGCGACCGUAGGAGCUAACGUAUCUAACGAGGACACGUUUAUAGUGGAUCUGGAGCUAGGACUGUUUGCCUGUCAGGUGGAGACGACGUCCGACCAGCUACGACUCUUCAACAUCUCCUCGAUGUGUGACGGAGUGCAGGACUGUAUCAACCGCAUGGACGAGGAUAGUGCACGGUUAGAGUGCCGGGAUAACUGCAAUCCUGAGUGUGUUAAUGGUGCUUGCUUGAACAACAAGAGUCCACAGUGCUACUGCGACUGUGACUACGGAGGGGACGCCUGUGAUAUUCCAGACCAGAACGAAUGCGCAGAAGCCGCCGGAGACAACCUGUGCGCCGAAAAGGCAAACUGCGUCAACGUUCCCGGAAGCUACUACUGCGCAUGCUCAGACGGUUACCAGGGCGACGGCUACGAGAAAUGCAACG